AUGGCAGGAAGAACACCAUCUAAUUCAAGUCCUUUUUCUCCUGAAUUACAAACUUUUGUCGUCACCAAGUACGAUCCUCUCUUAGCCAUCGUAAGAGAAUUAAAUGCGAGGCUACAGGCAGCAGAAAAAGAGAGGAUGCGGCUAGAGAGGAGAGUACAACGUCUUGAGCAUCAAGUAGUUGAGCUUACGAAUGCAUGCGAUAAAGGGGCGUCAUUAAAGCCUCUUCCUGAUGCAGAUGUGGAUAUAAGUACAGGUAGACAUGCUGUACAUGAACUACUAGAGAACGAAGAGGCGCUUGCUGCAGCUUGGCUCUUUUCUUGUCAGAUCGGUACACCAACUUCUGCAUUGCAAGUUCUUCUUGAAUUUUCUCCCGAUUCAACAAUAGAAAUUGAUUGUAAAUUAUGGAAAAGAGAGGAAGAUAUGUGGAUUUGUCUUCUUGAAGAACUUCCUGAUGAAUUUGCCUUUAGACGUCCUGAUUCUCUUCAUCUAUUAGAUCUAAGGAGAGCAGCUCGUCGUGCCUUACUUGAAUUAUGCCGCGGGGAGGUAUUCAUUCUUGUAAGAAAUGUACCAGGGAGAAGAGAGGCGCCUAAUUGUCCUACAGCUAUUACCUUAGUUG